UUUUACACACUUUAGUAGAGCUUGUUAACACCAUCUUAUAAUUGACGCCUUCCAUAAGUUAUUCACAUAAUUUAUUAUCUGCUGACUUUUUAAAUCUGUAUUCGUAAAUGUAGCUGGUUCAUGCUUUUAUCUAUUAUGAUAGCACAAGAUGUUAGAGGAAUUAAUCAGAGAUCUCAUAUUUGUUUUCCUUCCCAUCAGCUUGCAAAGAAGGGGGAAAAGUUCAUUGAACUUCCAUAUGUUGUAAAGGGAAUGGAUGUAUCAUUCAGUGGAAUACUGAGCUACAUUGAAGCCACUGCAGAGGAGAAGCUGAAAAAUAAUGAGUGCACACCAGCAGACCUUUGUUUCUCUUUGCAGGAAACUCUGUUUGCGAUGCUUGUAGAGAUUACAGAACGAGCAAUGGCUCAUUGUGAUAAGAAAAAUGUGCUAAUUGUUGGUGGUGUAGGAUGCAAUGAGCGCUUGCAACAGAUGAUGCAAAUAAUGUGCUCUGAGAGGGGCGGCAAGUUGUUUGCAACUGAUGACAGGUACUGCAUUGACAAUGGAGCAAUGAUUGCUUAUACUGGUCUCCUAGAGUAUGCAAAUGGUGCAUCGACUCCGAUGGAGGAAUCAACAUUCACACAGCGAUUUAGAACCGAUGAGGUCCUUGCAACUUGGAGAGAGAAGGAAUCAGCAAAAGUCUGAAUAACAGCUGGGUAUAUUGAGGUGAAGAUGUAAAUCUUAUUUGGUAUCUUCAGUUUGUUACACUUUCAUGGUCAAUCCGUGUGAUUGUAUUGUACUCUAUUUAUCUGCCCAUGGCGGCUUAUAAUGGUCCAUCCAUGUCAACUGUAAGUCGUACAUGAACAGUUUGUGUACUAGUUACACAUUUCCAGAAGAUUAUUGUAAUAUAUUGUUAUACAUUCUUAAUACUGGAAUUGCCACUACUUUGGGCCCUUUGAAAGCUUA